AUGUCCAGCUUCCGCAAGCACAUGCCACGUCCGGCACGCCUACUCCUCACCGCACUCCUUAUAUACGCCUUCUUCUGGCUGAAAGGAUGGCCGCGCGAGUACGACGAUGAAGAACUACCCCCGAGCAAGCGCCGCUCGCAGGAAACUCCUCUCGGCCCCCACACCAUCCAGCACGAACAACUCGUCGUAUCCGUCACCACGACGGCGAAUAACGCCUACAUCAAAAUCCCGCCCCUUAUCCUCAACACGGCCGACGAGGACCAUGGCAUGCUACUGCUCUUCUCCGACUUGCAAACUGAGGUUGGGAAAUGGCCCAUCUUUGACGUCAUCUGGCGAUAUGGGCAGCAGUUCAUAAAGAAAACGGAGGGGUUGGAAAGAUAUCGGGCGCAGAUCGAAUAUGCGCAGAGAAGCAUACCGCUGAUUCAGCUGAAGAAUGACAAUCCCGAGGAGGAGAAUAAGGCAAUGGUUAUGCUGGACAAGUACAAGAUAUUGCAGACCAUGGCAGCUGCUUGGGAAUACCGACCGGGAAGGAGCUGGUACGUGUUUGCAUGGGAUGACACGUAUAUCAACCGACCCAAUCUUGUGGAUUGGCUCAGCCAGCACGACCCGAAGGAGCCACAUUUCUUCGGGAACCCACCUACACCACCAACCUACAUGGUCCCCGACCCUUUUGCCGCCGGUGGCAACUCCUUUAUCGUUUCGGGAAAAAUUAUGAAAGAGCUAUUCGAGGUCCGCAGGCAUUUGGCGCGGGAUUGGGGAAAACAGAUCGCAAAUUACACGUAUGCCUUUGACUUUGUUUCCGGCAUGAUAAAGGAAGAGCUCAACCACGAUUUCGUAAGCGUAUGGCCCGGCAUAUCUGGCUUCGAUCCUACAACGAUACCCUUUAUGCCCUCUCUCUGGUGCGAGCCAGUGUUGAUCAUGCACCAUGUCGCCCCAGACAUCCUCAACCACCUGUACAAAAUGGAGCAGGAACAGCCACACGACCUCAUCUCCAUACGGUUCGCAGACGUCUUCAACCGCUUCAUGGCGCCCGAGAACCUCAACUACACCCGGGACGACUGGGACAACCUGUCGUCCGAAUCGUCGAACUCACGUUGGAACAUUCUAUUUGACGGCGACCAACCAGGAAGCGAUCGUGCUCAAUCUGGGGAGGCGUCGCCAAAUGCAUGCAGAGAGUCUUGUGAAAAGUUCAGAUAUUGCGUACAGUGGUCCUACUCCUCAAUCCAAACAACCAAUUGGAACGAGAACCGCGAGACAAAAUGUCACUUGAGCAGCAGUAUACGUUUCGGCAGGCAUACUGACCGACAAAAGUGGAAAGUCAAUGACGAAGUCAAGGUCCUGCAAUGGAAGAGUGGAUGGAACAAGGAUAAGUUCAUGGCUUGGGCGAAUCAUCAGCGAUGCAAGGAGGUGCAUCAGUAG